AUGAGCAGCACCCUGUCACCCACAGACUUCGACAGCUUGGAGAUCCAGGGCCAGUACAGCGACAUCAACAACCGCUGGGACCUGCCCGACUCUGACUGGGACAAUGACACCAGCUCCGCCCGCCUCUUCGAAAGGUCACGGAUCAAGGCCCUGGCAGAUGAGCGAGAGGCCGUACAGAAGAAAACCUUCACCAAAUGGGUGAACUCGCACCUGGCCCGGGUGACAUGCCGCGUGGGUGACCUGUACAGCGACCUCCGGGAUGGACGUAACCUCCUGCGGCUCCUUGAGGUGCUCUCUGGAGAGACUCUGCCCAAGCCCACCAAGGGCCGCAUGCGGAUCCACUGUCUGGAGAACGUGGACAAGGCGCUGCAGUUCCUGAAAGAGCAGAAGGUGCAUCUAGAAAACAUGGGCUCCCACGACAUCGUGGAUGGGAACCACCGCCUGACCCUGGGGCUGGUCUGGACCAUCAUCCUCCGCUUCCAGAUCCAAGACAUCAGCGUAGAGACAGAAGACAACAAGGAGAAGAAGUCUGCCAAGGAUGCCCUGCUGCUGUGGUGCCAGAUGAAGACUGCAGGGUAUCCCAAUGUCAACGUGCACAACUUCACCACCAGCUGGAGAGACGGGCUGGCCUUCAACGCCAUCGUGCAUAAACACCGGCCAGACCUGCUGGACUUCGAGUCCCUGAAGAAGUGUAACGCCCACUACAAUCUGCAGAAUGCUUUCAAUCUGGCCGAGAAGGAGCUGGGGCUCACCAAACUGCUGGACCCUGAAGACGUGAACGUGGACCAGCCAGAUGAGAAGUCAAUCAUCACCUACGUGGCUACGUACUACCACUACUUCUCCAAGAUGAAGGCCCUGGCUGUGGAGGGCAAAAGAAUCGGCAAGGUGCUGGACCACGCCCUGGAGGCGGAGCGCUUGGUGGAGAAGUACGAGUCACUGGCCUCCGAGCUGCUGCAGUGGAUUGAGCAAACCAUCGUGACCCUCAAUGACCGGCAGCUGGCCAACUCCCUGAGCGGGGUCCAGAACCAGUUACAGUCCUUCAACUCCUACCGCACCGUGGAGAAGCCGCCCAAGUUCACCGAGAAGGGGAACCUGGAGGUGCUGCUCUUUACCAUCCAGAGCAAACUGCGGGCCAACAACCAGAAGGUCUACACGCCCCGCGAGGGCCGGCUCAUCUCCGACAUCAACAAGGCCUGGGAGCGGCUGGAGAAGGCCGAGCAUGAACGGGAGCUGGCCCUGCGCACGGAACUGAUCCGCCAGGAGAAGCUGGAGCAGUUGGCAGCACGCUUUGACCGCAAGGCGGCCAUGAGGGAGACCUGGCUGAGCGAGAACCAGCGCCUCGUGUCCCAGGAUAACUUCGGGCUGGAGCUGGCAGCCGUGGAGGCCGCGGUGCGGAAGCACGAGGCCAUCGAGACGGACAUCGUGGCCUACAGCGGCCGGGUGCAGGCGGUGGACGCCGUGGCCGCAGAGCUGGCCGCCGAACACUACCACGACAUCAAGCGCAUCGCCGCGCGCCAGCACAACGUGGCGCGGCUCUGGGACUUCCUGCGGCAGAUGGUGGCCGCCCGGCGCGGGCGGCUGCUGCUCAACCUGGAGCUGCAGAAGGUGCUUCAGGACCUGCUGUACCUCAUGGACUGGACGGAGGAGAUGAGGGGCCGGCUGCAGUCUCAGGACCUGGGCAAGCACCUGGCCGGGGUGGAGGACCUGCUGCAGCUGCACCAGCUGGUGGAGGCCGACAUCGCCGUGCAGGCUGAGCGGGUGAAGGCUGUCAGUGCCUCCGCACUGCGCUUCUGUGACUCCGAGAAAGAGUACAAACCCUGCGACCCUCAGCUGGUGUCAGAUCGGGUAGCAGCGCUGGAGCAGAGCUAUGAGGCGCUGUGCAAGCUGGCAGCCGAGCGCCGAGCCCGCCUGGAGGAGUCCCGGCGCCUCUGGCGCUUCCUCUGGGAGGUGGGCGAGGCCGAGGCCUGGGUGCGGGAGCAGCAGCACCUUCUGGCCUCCGCUGACACUGGCCGUGACCUGACCGGCGCCCUUCGCCUGCUCAACAAGCACACAGCCCUGAGGGGUGAGAUGAGCGGCCGCCUGGGGCCCCUGAAGCUCAUCCUGGAGCAGGGCCAGCAGCUGGUGGCUGAGGGCCACCCCGGGGCCGGGCAGGCGGCUGCCCGCGCGGCUGAGCUCCAAGCCCAGUGGGAGCGGCUGGAGGCCCUGGCUGAGGAGCGGGCCCAGCGGUUGGCCCAGGCCGCCAGCCUCUACCAGUUCCAGGCGGACGCCAACGACAUGGAAGCCUGGCUGGUGGACGCGCUGCGGCUGGUGUCCAGCCCCGAGCUGGGGCAUGACGAGUUCUCCACGCAGGCCCUGGCCAGGCAGCAUCGGGCACUGGAGGAGGAGAUCCGUGGCCACCGGCCCACGCUGGAUGCCCUGAAAGAGCAGGCAGCGGCCCUGCCCCCCUCCGUGACCUGUGCCCCCGAGGUGCAGGGCAGGGUGCCCACUCUGGAGCAGCAGUAUGAGGAGCUGCAGGCCCGGGCAGGCGGGCGGGCACGGGACCUGGAGGCAGCCCUGGCGCUCUACACCAUGCUCAGUGAGGCGGGGGCCUGCGGACUGUGGGUCGAGGAGAAGGAGCAGUGGCUCAACGGGCUGGCGCUGCCCGAGCGGUUGGAGGACCUGGAAGUGGUGCAGCAAAGGUUCGAAACCCUGGAGCCUGAGAUGAACGCCCUUGCAGCUCGAAUUACCGCCGUCAAUGACAUUGCCGAGCAGCUGCUGAAGGCCAACCCCCCAAGCAAAGAGAGCAUUGUGGACACCCAGAAGCAGCUCAAUCACAGGUGGCAGCAGUUUCGUUCCCUGGCAGAUGGCAAAAAGGCAGCACUGACAUCGGCCUUGAGUAUCCAGAACUAUCACUUAGAAUGCACAGAGACCCAGGCCUGGAUGAGAGAAAAGACCAAAGUCAUUGAGUCCACCCAGGGUCUGGGCAAUGACCUGGCUGGGGUGCUGGCACUGCAGCGUAAGCUGGCUGGCACUGAGCGGGACUUGGAGGCCAUUGCUGCCCGGGUGAGUGAGCUGACACGAGAAGCAAACGCCCUGGCCUCUAGCCAUCCAGCCCAAGCCGCUGCCAUCAAUGCCCGUCUGGGAGAGGUACAAGCCGGCUGGGAGGACCUAAGGGCUACCAUGCGCCGUCGAGAAGAGUCUCUGGGUGAAGCACGGCGACUGCAGGACUUCCUACGCAGCUUGGAUGACUUCCAGGCUUGGCUAGGCCGCACACAGACUGCUGUGGCCUCUGAAGAAGGGCCAGCCACCCUGCCCGAAGCAGAGGCCCUCUUGGCCCAACACGCAGGCCUACGAGGAGAGGUGGAGCGGGCCCAGAGCGAAUACAGCCGACUGCGGGCCUUGGGUGAGGAGGUGACCCGGGACCAGGCCGAUCCCCAGUGCCUCUUCUUACGGCAGCGACUGGAAGCCCUGGGCACCGGCUGGGAGGAGCUGGGCCGCAUGUGGGAGAGCCGGCAAGGUCGCCUGGCCCAGGCCCAUGGCUUCCAGGGGUUCCUGCGGGAUGCUCGCCAGGCUGAGGGAGUGCUCAGCAGCCAGGAAUACGUUCUCUCUCACACGGAGAUGCCAGGGACACUCCAGGCUGCCGAUGCUGCCAUAAAAAAACUGGAAGAUUUCAUGAGCACCAUGGAUGCCAAUGGGGAGCGCAUCCGUGGGCUCCUAGAGUCUGGGCGUCAGUUGGUGUCUGAGGGCAACAUCCAUGCAGAGAAGAUCCAAGAGAAGGCAGACUCCAUCGAGAGGAGACACAAGAAGAACCAAGAAGACGUGCAGCAGCUUCUGAGUCGGCUUCGGGACAACCGCGAGCAGCAGCAUUUCUUACAAGAUUGCCAGGAGCUGAAACUCUGGAUUGAUGAGAAGAUGCUGACCGCCCAGGACGUGUCCUAUGACGAGGCCCGCAACCUGCACACCAAGUGGCAGAAGCAUCAGGCUUUCAUGGCCGAGCUGGCCGCUAACAAGGACUGGUUGGACAAGGUGGACAAGGAAGGGCGAGAGCUGACCUUGGAGAAGCCAGAGCUGAAAGCCCUGGUGUCGGAGAAGCUUGAGGACCUGCACAAGCGCUGGGAUGAGCUGGAGACCACCACUCAGGCCAAGGCCCGCAGCCUCUUCGACGCCAACCGAGCUGAGCUGUUUGCCCAAAGCUGCUCGGCCCUGGAGAGCUGGCUGGAGAGCCUGCAGGCCCAGCUGCACUCUGACGACUAUGGCAAGGACCUCACCAGCGUCAACAUUCUGCUCAAGAAGCAGCAGAUGCUGGAACGGGAGAUGGCCGUGAGGGAGAAGGAGGUGGAAGCAAUCCAGGCCCAGGCCAAAGCGCUGGCCCAGGAAGACCGGGGUGCAGGGGAGGUGGAGAGGACAUCGCGGGCCGUGGAGGAGAAGUUCCGGUCUCUGUGCCAGCCCAUGAAGGAGCGCUGCCAGCGCCUGCAGGCCUCUCGCGAGCAGCACCAGUUCCACCGGGACGUGGAAGACGAGAUCUUGUGGGUGACAGAGCGACUGCCCAUGGCCAGCUCCAUGGAACACGGCAAGGACCUGCCCAGUGUCCAGCUCCUCAUGAAGAAAAACCAGACCCUGCAGAAGGAGAUGCAGGGCCACGAGCCCCGGAUCGCGGACCUGACGGAGCGGCAGCGUGCUCUGGGGGCGGCCGCUGCGGGCCCCGAGCUGGCCGAGCUGCAGGAACUGUGGAAACGCCUGGGCCAUGAGCUAGAGCUCCGAGGGGCACGGCUGGAGGAGGCCCUGCGCGCUCAGCAGUUCUACCGUGACGCCGCCGAGGCCGAGGCCUGGAUGGGCGAGCAGGAGUUACACAUGAUGGGCCAGGAGAAGGCCAAGGACGAGCUGAGCGCCCAGGCCGAGGUGAAGAAACAUCAGGUGCUGGAGCAGGCACUGGCUGACUACGCUCAGACCAUCCACCAGCUGGCGACCAGCAGCCAGGACAUGAUUGACCACGAGCACCCAGAGAGCACACGGCUGUCGAUCCGCCAAGCUCAGGUGGACAAGCUGUACGCCAGCCUGAAGGAGCUGGCCGGGGAGCGGCGCGAGCGGCUGCAGGAGCACCUCCGGCUGUGCCAGCUGCGCCGGGAUCUGGACGAUCUGGAGCAGUGGGUCCAGGAGCGCGAGGUGGUGGCGGCUUCCCACGAGCUGGGCCAAGACUACGAGCACGUGACUAUGCUCCGGGACAAAUUCCGAGAGUUCUCCCGGGACACGAGCACCAUUGGCCAGGAGCGUGUGGACAGCGUCAAUGCGCUGGCCAACGGGCUCAUUACCGGGGGCCACGCCGCACGCGCCACGGUGGCCGAGUGGAAGGACAGCCUCAACGAGUCCUGGGCCGACCUGCUCGAGCUGCUGGACACGCGGGGCCAGGUGCUGGCGGCCGCACACGAGCUGCAGCGCUUCCUACACGGCGCCCGCCAGGCGCUGGCCCGGGUGCAGCACAAGCAGCAGCAGCUGCCGGACGGGACCGGCCGAGACCUCAACGCCGCCGAGGCCCUGCAGCGCCGGCACUGUGCCUACGAGCACGACAUCCAGGCCCUCAGUGCCCAGGUCCAGCAGGUGCAGGAGGAUGGCCAGCGACUCCAGAAAGCCUAUGCUGGUGACAAAGCUGAGGAGAUUGGUCGCCACAUGCGGGCCGUGGCUGAGGCCUGGGCCCAGCUUCAGGGCAGCUCUGCAGCCCGCCGCCAGCUGCUGCUGGACACCACAGACAAGUUCCGCUUCUUCAAGGCCGUCCGGGAGCUAAUGCUGUGGAUGGAUGGGGUCAACGUGCGGAUGGACGCCCAGGAACGGCCCAGGGAUGUGUCCUCAGCUGACUUAGUCAUCAAGAACCAUCAAGGCAUCAAGGCUGAGAUCGAGGCCCGGGCGGAUAGCUUCUCCACCUGCAUCAACAUGGGACAGGAGCUGCUGACCAAGAGCCACUAUGCUGCUGACGAGAUCUCGGAGAAGCUGUCUCAGCUGAAGGCCCGGCGCCAGGAGACGGCGGACAAGUGGCAGGAGAAGAUGGACUGGCUCCAGCUUGUCCUGGAGGUGCUGGUGUUUGGGAGAGACGCGGGUGUGGCAGAGGCCUGGCUAUGCAGCCAGGAGCCACUGGUACGGAGUUCAGAGCUGGGCUGCACGGUGGACGAGGUCGAGAGCCUCAUCAAGCGGCACGAGGCCUUCCAGAAGUCGGCGGUGGCCUGGGAGGAGCGCUUCAGCGCGCUGGAGAAGCUCACCACGCUGGAGGAGCAGGAGAAAGAGAGGAGACGAAAGUUGGAGGAGGAGGAGCGGAAAAAACAGCCGCCUGCCCCAGAGCCCAAGGGUCGUCCGCCUGAGGGGCCCCCGGCGGACGGACGGACGGCACCUGACGCAGCCUGGGACGGGACCCACCCUCGGCUGCCGUCAUCCACACAGCUGCCCACUGUCAAUGGGGUCUGCACGGACUCGGAGCCCUCCCAGCCCCUGUUGGAACAGCAGAGACUGGAGCAGGGCAGCUUCCCCGAGCGCCCCGCGUCUGGUGCCGGAGAUGAGGCCAACGGGCCGCAGGGAGAACAGCAGAGCCGGCCCCGGCCGGCCCCGGCCACCAUGCCACAGAGCAGGUCGACCGAGUCAGCCCAGGUUGCCGCUCUGCCCCCUCGAGCCCCAGAGCCCUCUGCCCAGGAGCAGAUGGAAGGCAUGCUGUGCCGGAAACAGGAGAUGGAGGCCUUCGGCAAGAAGGCUGCCAACAGGUCGUGGCAGAAUGUGUACUGUGUCCUGCGCCGCGGGAGCCUUGGCUUCUACAAGGAUGCUAAGGCAGCCAGCACAGGUGUGCCCUACCACGGAGAAGUGCCUGUCAGCCUGGCUAGGGCCCAGGGCAGCGUGGCUUUUGACUACCGGAAGCGCAAACAUGUCUUCAAGCUGGGCUUACAGGACGGAAAAGAGUAUUUAUUCCAGGCCAAGGAUGAGGCAGAGAUGAGCUCGUGGCUGCGGGUAGUGAACGCAGCCAUUGCCACAGCGUCCUCUGCUGCUGGAGAGCCUGAAGAGCCAGCGGUGCCCAGUGCCAGCCGGGGCAUGACCAGGGCCAUGACCAUGCCGCCGGUUUCAGUGUCUGGGGCUGAGGGACCUGUCGUCCUUCGAAGUAAGGACGGCAGGGAACGAGAGCGAGAAAAACGUUUCAGCUUCUUCAAGAAGAGCAAGUAG